AAGACAAGUUAGCAUUGCAGGCACAGUAAUAUUUAACACAAACAGUUAACAAUAUGGGUUGGUUUUUUUUUUGUUUUUUUUUUGUUUGUUUUUUUAAGAGGAACUUAAACCUUAUCCAUUCACACAGACUUGCUGUAUGUUCAGGAUGAUUUGGAUUUAUCAGACUUUUUAUUUCAUUUUCUUACUUGCUUCGGUUUACAGUGAAUGUGUGACACAGAUCUAUGAAAAUACUUACUUCCAAGGAGGAGACCUCAUUACGGUUUUCACACCAAGUGCCAAUUACUGUCAAAUAGUUUGUACUUACCAUCCUACCUGCCUGCUCUUCACAUAUUUGCCGGUGACGUGGACUAAAGAUCCUGCACAGAGGUUCUCCUGCUACUUAAAAGACAGUGAUACUGAAAUGCUACCAAAAGUGAAGAUGGAAGGAGCUAUUUCUGGACAUUCUUUAAAACAGUGCAACAUCAAAAUUAGUGCUUGCAGUCCAGAUGUCCACUUAGGAUUGGAUAUGCAAGGAGUAAAUUAUGACAUUAGUAUGGCUGACAGCUAUCAACAGUGCCAAAAAAGAUGCACCAAUGACAAGCACUGCCAUUUUUUUACAUAUGCCCAAGGAACAUUCCAUGAUGCAAGCUUUCGUGAAAAAUGCUUCUUGAAACAUACGAGUUUAGGAACUCCAACCAGCAUAAGGGUGCUUGAUGAGGUUGUGUCUGGAUUCUCCUUAAAGCCAUGUCAGCUUUCUGAAUUAGAUUGUCAAAUGGACAUUUUUGAACAUGAAGAAUUUUCAGGAAUGAAUGUUACAAGUUUUUUCACUCCUGACACAUUCGUCUGCCAAACUAUUUGUACUUAUUUUCCAAACUGCUUGUUCUUUACAUUCUUCACCAAGGAAUGGCAAAUAGAAUCCCAAAGAAAUCUUUGCCUCCUGAAAACAUCAACAAGUGGAAUACCAGAGGCACUUACAUUACGAGAAAAUGCUAUUUCAGGUUUUGGUCUCCUGAAUUGCAGAAGAUACUUUCCUGCCUGCAAUUCUCGCACUUAUGUGCAUAUGAAUUUUGUGGGAGAUGAACUCAAUGUCACUUAUACUAAAGGACCCAGAGCUUGUCAGCAAGUUUGCACAGACAUGAUCCGCUGCCAAUUUUUUACCUACUUUCCUCUCCAAGAGUCGUGCAAUGAGGAAAGAAAGUGUGAGUGUCAUUUAAGAAUGUCCUCAAAUGGAUCUCCAGUGGAAAUACAACAUGGGCCAGGAAGAAUCUCUGGAUACUCACUAAGACUGUGUAAAAAAAAGGCCAGUACUGUAUGUAUGCAGCAUUCUUCAAGAAAUAUUAGGAUAAUUGGAGGGACGGAUUCUUCCCCUGGUGAAUGGCCAUGGCAAGUAAGCUUACAUGUGAAGCUAUCUCGCCGGAGACACCUCUGUGGGGGCUCUAUCAUAAGUAACCAGUGGAUCCUUACAGCUGCCCACUGUUUUGUGAGUGUUCAGAACCCCAACAUUUGGCGUGUUUAUGCCGGUGUUUUAAAACAAUCAGAAAUAAAUGAGGAUACACCUUUCUUCAGAGUGGAAGAGAUUAUUAUUCAUCCUCAGUAUAACUCUGCGCAGACUGGAUAUGACAUUGCUUUAUUGAAACUUGAUAAGGCUAUGAAUUUUACUGAUCUUCAACUUCCUAUUUGCCUGCCAUCAAAAGAAGAGGCUAGUAUGCUCUAUACUGACUGCUGGGUAAUUGGAUGGGGUUACAGGAAGGAAAGAGGUCGUGUAGAAGAUAUUCUUCAGAAAGUUACUGUUCCACUAAUGUCAAAAGAGGAAUGCCAGGCAAGAUACCGGAAGCGCAGAAUCGAUGACAAAGAGAUCUGUGCUGGCUAUGAUGAAGGUGGAAAGGAUGCCUGUAAGGGAGAUUCUGGAGGACCACUGUCGUGCAGGCACGAGGAAGUGUGGUAUCUGGUGGGCAUCACCAGUUGGGGUGAAGGCUGCGCUCGGCCCCGGCAGCCAGGAGUCUACACAAAAGUUGUUGAAUUUUCAGACUGGAUUUUGGAAAAAACUACGUAACGUGAACAUAACUUAAUGACUCAUAAUGUUGUUGUAGAGAAACAACCCUGGGAGCAACAGGAAGAUGUUUAAUGUAAAAAAAAAAAAUAAAAUUAAAGUUUUAAAAAUGGUGUUAACUGUUAGUUGAAGCAUAAAAGACUUGAUUAAAGAAGUAGAAAAGAAAAAAUGAAUGAACUUUACAAUGAAUGAAUUUAAAUCAGUAGCAAACUUUCAGACUUUCUGAUCACUGAUUUGUCAGAAAAUAUUAUACAUCUGAGCCAUUGACUUCUUCUUUCAUCUCCAGCAUAAAAUAUUCUAUGAGACGUGUUUAAGGAGAUUGGGGAUUUUUUGUUUACUUCAGUGAUGACUGGACCUCCUCAUCUUCUGUACAUGUAACUGACAUUAACAGUGAUUAAGAGAAAGUAUUAAAAGGCCAGGAAAAUCUGGCAUCUAGUCCAAAAGUUCAUUGAUGACAGACUGCAACUGACAUUAUAAUCCUCUUGAUUAAAUAAACUAUCUCAGCUACAGAAUAAUAUUCUUGAUUUUUAUCUUGAUAAUGACUUUUCCCUUUUUAAUUUUCUCAUUUUUUUCUUUUGUUCUUUCUACUCAUCUACUUGUUACUGUCAGUUAACAAAAAUGUUUUGUAGCCAAAAAAAAAAAAUACUAAUGUAAGAAGCAGCAGUCAAAAAAAUUUUUUCCGUAGUAAGAAGUUUUCCAGAAGUAUUUCUGGAUCAGAAGGGAACACACAUUUUUCUUUUGCUUUUGUCUUUGCUAAACUUGUUUCCUAUAUAUUCUAUAUUGCCUUAAUUGCUGAAAAUAUGUUCCAGAAUUCUGCUUAUAAUUGCCUCACAGCCACACUGAAUGUAUUGUUGAGGUCUAUACUGGCAGUGUCUUUAGGAGUAAAUGAAGUAAUUAAAUAAAAUAUGUCAAAUCUAUGGAAAAAUA